AUGUCAUGUGUCCCUACAGCCGUAUUAGCCGAAGUGAUCAAGAUCGAACACCCGACAAGAGGAGACGAUACGCGUGCUUGGGGCCCGCCGUAUGCAAAGUACAAGGACGGAGCUACACCGAAAGGAAGCAAACCAGGCGAAAGUGCAUAUUUCAUCGGCGUCAAUCGAAACAAGAAAUCCGUCGGUCUUUCCUUCCAGCAUCCGGACGGUGUCAAGAUUCUCCAUGAGCUCGCCAAAACAUCAGAUGUCUUCGUUGAGAACUAUAUCCCAGGCUCGUUAAAAAAGUACCAACUCGACUAUGAAUCUCUCCGUAAAAUCAACCCCCGUCUCAUCUACGCGUCCAUCACCGGCUACGGCCAGACAGGCCCGUACUCCUCACGGGCCGGAUACGACGUGAUGGUCGAGGCGGAAAUGGGUCUGAUGCACAUCACAGGCGAACGGGCCGGUUCGCCAGUCAAAGUCGGUGUAGCCGUCACGGACCUCACGACGGGACUGUACACGUGCAACGCGAUCAUGGCGUCUCUCCUGGCUCGCCAACGCACCAACACGGGGCAACACCUCGACGUGGCGCUCUCGGACUGCCAGGUCGCGACGCUCGCCAACAUCGCCAGCAGUGUGCUGAUCAGCGGACGGCGCGAUGGCGGGCGGUGGGGCACGGCGCACCCGUCGAUCGUGCCGUACAAGGGCUUCAAGACGCGCGACGGCGACAUCAUGCUCGGCGGCGGCAACGACCGCCUGUUCGGCAUCAUCUGCGACAAACUCGGGCGGGGCGAGUGGAAGUCGGACCCGCGCUUCGUGACCAACGACGUGCGCGUGCAGAACCGCGACGCCCUCGAGAACAUGAUCGAGGACCUCACGAGGCAGAAGACCACGGCCGAGUGGCUCGACAUUCUCGAGGGGAGCGGCCUGCCGUACGCCGCCAUCAACGACGUCAAGGACACCCUGGACCACCCGCACGUCCGGGCCAGAGGCAUGGUGACCGCCGUCGACCACGACGCCUGCGGCCGCAUCAAGCUCGUCAGUCCGCCCGUCAAGUAUUCGGAGAGCAGGACCGGCGUGAGGACACCGCCGCCCACGUUGGGCCAGCAUACGGACCACGUCCUCACAGAGGUGCUUGGUAUGGACGGCCAAGAGGUUGAAAAGCUGAAGGCUGAAGGUGUUGUUUCUUGA